GUAGCCUGAAUGCUCUGCUACGCUGCUGGUGCUGCUGACUCUGGUGUGUGAACCUCCCAUCUGUCAGUCUGUGUGUUGCACUGGCUGAACCAAAGCCAUGGAGGUGGCCUUGGUAGACUUUGAGAGCCUGGAUGACCUUGCUGGCAACCUUGGAGAUGAGGUGGACACCUAUGCCGAUGAGACCACAGCUCUCACAGUGGACAUGCCCCCAGAGCACAGCAGCCCAACCAGCAACUACCAUCUAAGAGCCACAGACCUAACCCCUACACCAUCCCACUGCAGCCCUAUACCCCCAUACAUUUGGGAAUCCACUUCAUCUUCACCCAUUCCGCAGACACUUACAGUACCACAGUCCCCGACGAUGCCAACUCCAACUAGAAAGGGGCGUAGCAGCUGUGCUAGCAUGAUCUCAAACUUUAAAUUGCUACUAAGCAGUGAGGGCAGCAAGGAAAGUGAGAUGAUCUUCAACCGGCUUGCUAAGGAGUGCUGUGAGGAUCUCUUUGUUGAUAAACGCGGCUUGGAUGAUGGAGAUCAGAAAGUCAUCAUCAACAUUGCCGGUCUUCGUUUUGAGACGCAGCUUAAAACACUGGACCAGUUUCCUGAGACACUUCUAGGGGACCCUUUGAAGAGGAUGGAAUACUUUGAUCCAAUGAGGAAUGAGUACUUCUUUGAUCGGAACAGACCCAGCUUUGAUGGAAUUUUAUAUUACUACCAGUCAGGAGGUAAAGUUAGACGACCAGCUAACGUUCCCCUUGAUGUGUUUGCAGAUGAAAUUCUGUUCUAUGAGCUUGGAAACGAGGCCAUGGAGCAGUUCAGAGAAGAUGAAGGAUUCUUAAAAGAUGUUGAGAUUCCUCUUCCUAGUAAUGAUGUGUACAGACAAUUCUGGCUGCUGUUUGAGUACCCAGAGAGCUCCAAUGCAGCACGAGGUGUAGCACUGGUGUCCGUCCUUGUCAUUGUCAUAUCCAUUAUUAUUUUCUGCAUGGAAACACUACCAGAAUUCAGAGAUGAGACCGACCCAGUUGUGCCCACAGCAGUACAAUCUUUUAACCAAUCGCGAGGUUCUGUGAGUCCACCUGGUGUGAAGCCCACAACUUUCUCUGAUCCUUUCUUCAUCAUUGAAACUGCCUGCAUUGGUUGGUUUUUCUUUGAGCUGUGUGUGCGAUUUGUGGUCUGCCCUAGCAAAAGAGAGUUUUUCCACAACCUCAUGAACAUUAUCGACAUCAUAUCUAUCAUCCCCUAUUUUGUCACUGUGAUUACAGAAUUGGCCACAACUCCAACAGAAAGCUCAGGGCAGAACAUGUCUUUGGCCAUUCUACGUAUCAUCCGCUUGGUGCGGGUGUUUCGUAUAUUCAAACUAUCUCGUCACUCUAAAGGGCUCCAGAUCCUGGGACAGACUCUGAAGGCCAGCAUGCGUGAGCUUGGGUUGCUCAUCUUUUUCCUCUUUAUUGGAGUUAUCCUUUUCUCCAGCGCUAUCUACUUUGCUGAGGUAGAUGAGCCAAAUACAGUGUUUGUCAGCAUACCUGAUGGCUUCUGGUGGGCUGUUGUUACCAUGACCACUGUAGGCUACGGAGACAUGUGUCCCAUUACCGUGGGGGGUAAGAUGGUGGGCACCUUGUGUGCCAUUGCAGGUGUGCUGACUAUUGCCUUGCCUGUUCCCGUCAUUGUUUCCAACUUCAACUAUUUCUACCAUAGAGAGGCAGAAGCAGAGGACAAGUUGCCCUUGGCUGAUGCUGUUGAGAAAGCCAUAAAGGAUACCACACAGGGUAGUAACACCUCACUCAAUAAAGCCAACGGGAUCUGGCAGAGUGACAAAGGGAAUUGAUGUCAGAAGAACACUGUUCAAUAGGAGGUGAAACUUUGCCACUAAGCAGUAAAUAUUAAAGAUCAAAUUAAAUAGUCACUGUUAAGAGUGGCCAGUUGGAUUCAUUAGAUCUGCACUGCACCUUGUGAAAAAUGUGUUUUAUAAUUAUAAACUGGUUGUACCACAUUUACCUCUUUUUGUCCAAUAUGGAAAUGACAUUUUGAAAAUGAGUUCCCCAUGUUAAUGUUCCAUGUUUAGGAAUUCAUGUUGUUAUAUUUCAUGGUAGGAGUUUAGGUUGCACAGACCAGAGAAACCUUCUUCAUUCUCGUGUAUGUUUAACAGAUCCUUUUAAGGGAAACCUUGGUCUUCUGUUCAUUGCAUUGGCCAGUAAGCCUAAUGUUUACAACAUUGUGCCCAUUAAGUUCACUGUUGUGGUUUUGUCCUCGAGGAUGUUUAACACAGCUUUCCAACAGCAUUUUAAUGGGCCAUAAAGUAUUAAACCAUUUAAAGUUCAUCUGAAGUAAAGAAAAUUCUUAACUGUCACCUUGUUAAUGUAUUUUAUUAAUCUCUAAUAAUUCAACAUUUCAUCCCAUUGGAAUAAAUUCUGUCCUGCUCAAAAACUGAUACUUUUUCAGAUACACUGAUUGUAGAUAGGCGGGCAACUCACCCUGUGUUUAUGCAGCACACAUAAUAUUUUACAGUAUCUGCAAUGCCUCACUUGGCCCACUCUUCAUCUCACUGCUUAACUGAAAUCUUCUAUAUUUUCCGAUUAAAAUUGCAACUCUGCAAAACUGAUUGAAUUGCUGGCCAGUUCUGAACAAACAAAGGUCACUCCUUUCCUCUAAGUGUCUUCAAAGACUAAUUUGUGUUGUGCUUAUUGUCUAGAUUAGAGCCAUCACAUAUUUAUUUAUUUAUUUAUUUAUUUACACAAAAAGUGAAUCAUAAUUGUGAAGUAUUCAUUCAUUCUCACUGGGUUGACCAAGUAAGGAUUCUCCACAACUCACAGUCAGACUGAUUCCACUUCAUAUAGUUGUUGUUUUUAUUUAUUGUAUUGUAAUGGAGUGCCUUAAAUCAUCCAAUGUUGGGAUACUGUUGAAUAUGCCAUAUAUAAUCCCACUGUAAUACCUAAGUCUGUCAUACAUAUAUGCUCAGUAUUUUUGAUUUCAUACUUGACUGGUAUUAUAAAGGUUAUAACCAUU